AAAGCUAUCACAAUUAGAUAAUAUCCAAGCUGGAAUGAACGUUUUAACGGUACGCAUGGACACAAUGGACCAAAAGAUCAACUCCUUUGAGGUCAAAUUGAGUGAAAUAGAGCAGAGUCGUUCGUUUGAUAGUGAUAUUCUUGAAACUAUAAACAAAAGGCAAACAGAAUUAGACACGUUGUUAAAGUCGAUGAAAAAGUCCGAAAAGGAUUCACGGGAAAAGGAGUUAGAGUUACGGGACGAAAUUACAGAUAUAAAAUGUCGAAGCAUGAGGGACAACUUGUUGUUUUUUAAUUUGCCUGAAGAAAAAGAUGAAAACUGCGAGCAGAAAGUUCUUAAAUUUAUUGAAAAGGAGAUGAAAAUAUUGGACGCCAAAGAAAAUAUAAAACUGCAUCGAGCUCAUAGACUUGGCGUGUACAGAAGCACCAAAGUUCGCCCAAUUGUUGCUAAAUUUGCAUAUUUUCCGGACCGAGAAAGAGUUAGAGCUUCCGCAAAAACCUUAUCAGGUACGCACUUUGGUGUCGCAGAGCAAUUUCCUAGGGAGAUUAUGGAAACAAGGCGAAAACUGGUACCAAUCAUGAAAAAGGCCCGUGAUGAAGGAAAAGAGGCGUAUAUUAAAGUAGAUAAAUUGUACAUUAAUAAGCAGCUAUACCGUGGACAUGAUUAG